AUGCCUCGCUUCCUAACAGGCGAUGAACUUGGCAACAUCAAAUCCAUAACAUAUCCCUCAGCCUCAACUUCUACUCCAGAGGCUACUCUUCUUCAUGAUGGCAGCGCUGGAGGAAAAUCUAGAGCCAUUCAAGCUCUUGCGGUCUCUAGCAGCAGCGGCGCCUCUUCAAGCCGAAUGGUAGCAGCGGCAUGUGCUGACGGUUCUGCGUCUGCGUACACUCUGAACGAAGAAGGUGGGCUGGACCUAGUCAAGGAAUGGAAGGAGCCCCGAUUGAGGACAGGGCAGAAAUAUGUUGGGAUCGAUGUCUCUUCUACUGGUUCCCGAGUAUACUCCUGCACAUCGAAUGGUGCUCUGCGGCUCACUUCUCUCAACUCCACCACAUCACAAACUGCUGUCUUACCUAUGCGUCUUUGCGAUUGGCGCCUCUCUCCCGAUGAGAAGACAUUCGCCUACGGUGGCGACGAAGUGGAGCUCUCAGUCUGGGACGCCGAGCGCGCAUUCACCGCGUCAACGACUCCCUCCACUCAAAAGCCGAGCGAAUCGACUCAAAAGAAACGGAAGAGGGACGACUUACUUCCAGGUGAAACCUGGCGAGCGAAGAAUGUUGCGAACGACUCCCUAAGCCUCCGUCAACCCGUCUACAACACCUGUCUCACAUACCUCAAUCUUUCAUCGUCGACCUCACAACCGGGCCAUCACAUUGCCACAGGUACCCAGUUCGGUAACGUAAGGAGAUACGAUACGCGGAGUGCUCGUCGACCUGUGGCGGAUUGGAAAGGUGUGGCGAAGAUGGGUGGGGUCAGGGCCGUGGCGAAAGGGUUCAAUGAGCAUGAGUUGUUCGUCGCAGACCAAGGUUGCAAUCUUUUCUCCCUCGACCUUCGGAACGGUAGCAUUGGCUACGGAUACAAAGGCAUCUCCGGCGCCAUAACCUCGCUUGCUCCCUCACCCACUCACCUUGCCUCAACAGCUCUUGAUCGAUACACCCGCAUCCACAGCACGUUCGCUCCUCCUGCUCAAGCCGGCCAAGCUCAAGAAAACAAAGGCCAAGUUUUGGAGAGCGUGUAUGUAAAGAGUAUCCCGACGGUUGUUGUGUGGGAUCAAGAUACGGAUGCGGAUGAAGAGGACGAGGUGAAGAACAAGGGUGCAGAUGGCGAGGACGAUGAGGAUCUUUGGGAAGGGAUGGAGGAUGUCGAGGAUGAAGAU